AUGGGGAAGGAGCAGGAACUUCUGGAAGCGGCGCGCACGGGAAACCUGGCCGCGGUGGAGAAGCUUCUCUCCGGGAAGCGACAGUCCGCUGGCACCGGUGGAGGCUCGUCGGGGACCGGUGGAAGCGGCUCCAGCGGCGGGCACGGCGGCUCCUCACACCCGCUCUCCAGUCUGCUCAGUAUCUGGAGAGGCCCCAAUGUGAAUUGUGUGGACAGCACUGGAUACUCCCCCCUCCACCACGCCGCCCUGAACGGACACAGCGAGGUGGUGGAGACGCUGCUACGAAACGAGGCCUUGACCAACAUCGCCGACAACAAGGGCUGCUACCCGCUCCACCUGGCUGCGUGGAAGGGAGACGAGCACAUCGUCAAACUGCUCAUCCACCAGGGGCCGUCACACCCCCGACUCAACGAGCAGAGCUCUGUAGACCAUAAAGAGUUCAAACGCUGUGGGCCCUUUGACCCCUAUAUUAAUGCCAAGAACAAUGACAACGAGACGCCGCUGCACUGUGCUGCCCAGUACGGCCACACCCAGGUGGUGCGGCUGCUGCUGGAGGAGCUGACGGACCCCACCAUGAGGAACAACAAGUUCGAGACUCCGCUGGACCUGGCCGCGCUGUACGGCCGCCUGGAGGUGGUCAAGCUGCUGCUCAGCGCCCACCCCAACCUGCUCAGCUGCAACACCAAGAAGCACACGCCGCUGCAUCUGGCCUCUCGGAACGGACACCUGUCUGUGGUGGAGGUGCUGCUGGACGCCGGCAUGGACAUCAACUACGAGACGGAGAAAGGCAGUGCCCUCCACGAAGCGGCCUUGUAUGGGAAGACGGAUGUGGUGCAGAGACUUCUCGGUGCAGGUAUCGGUGUGAACAUCUCGGACCAGAAGGGCCUGACAGCGCUGGACACUGUCAAGGACAUGCCCUCCCAGAAGAGCAGAGAGAUAGCCGCUCUCAUCCUAGGUCACAUGACUGGAAAACCCCCCGACAUUGACCUUCCCCCUCCACCCAUCCCUCCGCCUCAGGAGAGUCCCAGCCCACGGAAGAAGGGUGAUAUGGAUAAGGUGACUGAGCUGAUCUCGAGGCUGGCCCCGGGGCCCGAGGAGGAGAGCCCGUACGAGGCUCUGUUUGAAGCCACCUCUUGUCACUCUCUCGACAGCCUCACCAGCGGCAAGUCCUCCGACAGGGACUCUGGACGGCCGGAUAGCGAAGCUGGCAAGAAAGAUCGCCUGGUCCACACGUCACAUCCUGGCCACGGCCACGAAGAAGAGGCCUUGUAUACUAAUAGCAGUAUUGACGAGAGAGGAGAGCCGGCGCAGGAGGAGGACCACACAUAUGAGUUGUUGCUGACUGCACAGACCAAACACCCACCGCCCAGCCACGAGUCCAAAUCCAAUAAAGAUGAGAACACCACUAUACAGUCUUCCAACAAUGUCCUACCUCAGCGUAAACCCACUGCCCCAAACGACCUCAGAGCCCCCAGCAAGACGAGAGACACCCUGCACCUUCCUGGACGGGGGAGCCCGCGGCCAGCAGGAGAUAACUCCCAGCUCGGCGAGGAUCAGGAAGCAGGUGUCCCGGAGCAGUUCACUGGCCUCCUGCACGGAUCCUCUCCGGUUUUCGACAGCCGCGAGGAGCCCUUCAGGCUUCCAGGUGUGGUGCCAUCCAACCAGGGCCAGCCAGAGCCAAGAAAACCUGCCAAAGCAAAAGGGGAAGUAGUAGUAGUUGCAGCAGCAGCAGCAGCAGCUGCGACGCCGCCGCCUAGCCGCCCCAGUAUGGCCGCCAUCCUGACAGACUGUGAUCCCAAAGCAAUUUACGCAACUGUGAAUAAGGAGCCCAGAGACUUGGGGGCUGCGGCAGUGUCCGCCGUGAGGAUGCGACCUCCCGGGGACCUGAAGCUGGCACGCAGCCUCUCCAAGUCUGACUCCGACUUACUGGUGUCGCCCCCUAAUGAGGAGGACGGAGGACUGGGGAACCGUAGCGAGUCUGUCUCUAACUGUAGCACUGGAAAGAAGAGGCUCGAGAAAUCUCCCUCUUUCACCUCAGAAUGGGACGAGCAGAAACCGACGACUUCUCCCACCACAAAACAAGGAAGAUCUAAUUCCCUUGACAGCAUCGAGAAGAUCAUGACACUGAUUGGCGCCGGCAUCGAUUUCUCAAGAGAUCAGCAGUAUGCGACACCAGCAGGUGCCGCGGGCCGGCUGCUGGACCAGCCUGUGGGAGACUGGCUGGAGCACGUGGGGCUGCCGCAGUACGAGAGCAAACUCCUCCUGAACGGGUUCGACGACCUGCAUUACAUGGGGAAUAAUGUCAUGGAGGACCAGGACUUGAGAGAGAUUGGGAUCGUGGACCCGAGCCACAGAAAGAAGAUCCUGCAUGCAGCACGCUCGUUACCCAAGGUGAAAGCUCUGGGCUGUGACGGCAGCAGCUCCCUCUCCUCUUGGCUGGAGAACCUGGGCCUGCACGAGUACUUGCACAACUUCCUGACCAGCGGCUACCGAACUCUGGACUGUGUGAAAAACCUGUGGGAGCUGGAGAUUGUCAACGUGCUAAAGAUCUCCCUACUUGGUCACAGGAAACGCAUCAUUGCUUCCUUAGCAGAGCGGCCCUACGAGGAACCUCCAGUCAAGCCUCCUCGUUUGUCUCAGAUCAGGUGCCAAGACCUGCCUGGAUCCCAGACCUCGUCCCCCCUCAGUCAGAUGGAGUCCUACACCGGACGCUCAAUGGACCCUCUGCUGCCAGUAGGCGAGCCAGGGAGGAAAAAAGUGCCAGAUAAUGACUACGACGUGACCCAAAGAUAUCGCAGUGAACAGCACAGAUCACAUGAACGGUAUGAAGAGCGGCAUCGAGAGCCCCGUCUCACCCUGCGGCCGCCAAGUCUGGCAGCGCCGUACGCCCCGGUCCAGAACUGGCACCAUCAACCGGAGAAACUCAUCUUUGAAUCCUGCGCCUACGAAGCCAGUUACCUCGGUUCCAUGCUUAUUAAGGAUCUACGGGGCACCGAGUCAACGCAGGACGCCUGUGCCAAAAUGAGGAGGUCGACAGAACAAAUGAGAAAAGUCCCCACCAUCGUCCUCUCCAUCACCUACAAGGGUGUGAAGUUCAUCGAUGCAGCCAAUAAGAACAUCAUCGCAGAGCACGAGAUCCGUAACAUUUCGUGUGCAGCCCAGGACCCGGAGGACUUGUGCACGUUCGCCUACAUCACCAAGGACCUGCAGACCAGCCACCACUACUGCCAUGUGUUCAGCACAGUCGACGUGAAUCUGACCUAUGAGAUUAUCCUGACCCUUGGCCAGGCGUUUGAGGUGGCCUAUCAGCUGGCUCUGCAGGCCCAGAGGACCAAACAGCACCAGAACAUCCCACUGGGCUCCGGUUCAGAGGUGAUUGAGACCAAGUCCAGCCGACCUGUGCCCAAACCACGAGGCAGCGUGCGGAAGUCGGGGGGCGACAUCGUGGAGCAGGAGGGGGAUUCUCAGUCCGGGGGCAGCGCCACGUGGCUCGUGGACCCCAAGGAGUCCAAGCGCACUAUCAGCACUAAGUACGAGACCACCAUAUUCUGAGUGGAGCCCUCUUUCUUCUGACCUCUGGGCCUGGUCUCCAUCCCCCUCCCUCCCCCUCUCCCUCCCUCCCUCUGUGUGCCUUUCACUGUGACUGACUCACCCCUCUUCCGGCCGGACCUCUGCCCUCCUCCGUCUCCCUUCAGCCGUCACUCGUGUCCCCAGUCUGACAACGACACAGUCUGCGAGUGCUUUGCUCCUUCCUUGUGCUAAACCACCACCACCUCCACCACCACCACCUCCACCACCUCUGCACUUUUUAUUCAUUAUUAGUGCAACCCCUUCAGCUUUAUCAACCCUCUUCACACGUCCAGCUUGCCACUCACCUUUACUGUUAUUCUCCCCUCUAUUAAUCUUCUAUACUUCCUGAACUCUGUGUACAAUGCUUCCUUCUUUCUUUUUUUCCUCCCCUGUCAACAUCCCGCUAUUGACUCUUGUUGAUAAGCUCUUUCUUUUCUUGGUGCUUUUCCUGCUCUGUUAGGCGACGGCCACUCUGAGACUUUUCACUCUGAUAUUUCAACUCCUGACUCCUCCUCCUGAGAAAGUGCUGAGAAAAUCUGAUUUACCACAACCAAGAGUGAACCCACUGCACACAUCCAGUACCUGGACACGGACAUGUUUCCUGAGGAAACUGACAAACUGGUUCUUUGAAUCCAAUGCGUCGGUUGGACUAAAGCCGACUGUUUCUGUUCAGUGGAGUUUGUGGUGUUAUUGAGGUUUCACUGGAUUUAUUGAGGGGGUUUUUCUCACUGUCAGCUUGUAGCCAAAGGAGGCUGAGAUCAUAGCACUGUGAUAAGUUCCUUUUUGUAGCUAAUAAAGUAAGCAUUUAGGGGGAUUUCUAGAGAGGGUAAAAAGAGGAACAGAAUAGGGCAUAAAGGCUGAUACGGACCUGAAUGUUAGCAGUCCUUGCUGCUCCAGAAAAUAGACAGACCCUACUGUCUUAAGACUGACAUGCCCUCCUCUGUCUAUCUUCUUCUGGAGGGAACUAACUAUAACUAAGCACUUUUACCAAAUCCCCUAAGUGUGUAAGAGAAUAAGUGCAUCUUCCUCUGUCCUGUCUUUUUUUUUUUCACAACAAAUGCCUUCUAUGUUCAUCCUGUCAGCAUUGCCUUUUGUUUUGCCAAUCACCACCAGGUUAAUAUUUGACAGCUGCAAGUUAAAAGAGUUAAUCAUUAUAAGGGGGGGGGGGUUCUCUGUCAACAUCACACUGUUUGUGUCCAUUAGUUCUGUGUGUUAUUUUUUUACUUUAUUUAACCUCACUGCUUUGUGUGCGUGUGUCUAUGUCCCUUCCCUUUUUUUUAUAGCUGAACACUGUGGCCACUCCCAGCCAGUAAGAAAGGACAGGAAUGAGCCCUGUUGCAUGAUGGGAGGGUUUGUUUUGUUGGAAAAGUGACCCGCUUCCCAUGCGGCAGAAUCGCAUCAACAGUUGGAUCAAGCUCACCAGAGUAACG